CAAAACCUAGCGUAACCUUUCCAUUUGUGUGCAUUUAUGCCAUGUGUUCGUUGUGAUCUACUGUGUCUGAAUGCUUAAAUUGCGUAUACAUCAAUGCAUGAUUUCUAUUUAACAUAUACGUGAGAAAAAGGAUUAUUCGCUUCUUAAUGCAAUAAACUAUCGAUGAAGCAAGAUGUCACGUUUAAUAGUUAAAAACUUGCCAAAAAAUACCACAGACACCAAACUAAAAGAGUUAUUCAGUCAAAAGGGUAUUGUGACUGAUGUCCAGUUGAAAUACACGAAAGAUGGAAAGUUUCGAAGAUUUGCAUUUAUCGGAUAUAAGACGGAAGAACAAGCGAAAUUGGCACAGUCUUAUUUUGAUCAAACAUUUGUAGACACUUGUAAAAUAUCCGUUGAAGCAUGUGCCAGUUUAGGUGAUCUAUCAAAACCGAGAUCUUGGAGUAAAUAUGCAAAUGAUAGCUCCCAUAACAAAGCUAAAAGUUCUAAUGUUGAAUCAAAGGAAAAACUUAAUCGUGCAGGAAAGGAUGAUGUAAAGAGUAAAAGUGAUAAAAAGAAAGAAAAGAAGAAAGCAGACAACAAGAAAAAUAAUGAAGUUAAGGAAGUACUGGAGAAGCACAAAGAUGAUCCUUUAUUUAUGGAAUUCCUUGAAACACAUACUAGCAAUGCUGCGAAAGCGGUUUGGAAAAAUGAUAUUGAUAUACCUGUGACAGUCACUGAGAAAUCAGAUGAUGAAUCCGAAGAUGAUAAAUAUGACAAGUCUAAAGAAAGUGAAGAUGAUGAAAAUGAAGAAAAGGAAAAUGAAGAAGAAAAAAUUGCGGACAAAGUUAUAUCAGAUUUAGAGUAUAUGGAAGCGUUAAAGAAAAAGCAACAGACUGUGAAAUGUGAAGAAAAAUCACUCACGAAUAAACCAAAGUAUGGUCCAUUAACAUUCUUCACUGUAAAAAUACGAGGGCUUGGAUACAAACAUGUGAAGAAACACAUUAAACAGUUUUUCCGACCCCUAAAACCUGUUUCUAUACGGAUUCCACCUAAGAUUAAAGGUAUAGCUUACGUGGGAUUUAAAACUGAGCGUGAUAUGAAGAAGGCUCUUGUGAAAAAUAAGAGUUUUUUAGACGGUAAACAGAUAUUUGUAUCCAAAUACGAGCGAAAAGAGGCACCCGAAUCUAAUGGAGACUCAAAUAAUAAAACUAGUGUCAAAUGGAAAAAACAAGAAGAGGCCUUAAAGGAUGAAGAGAGUAUAGCUGAGUCUGGAAGAAUGUUUAUCAGGAAUCUGACGUACACAACCACGGAGAAUGACGUAAGAAAACUAUUUGAAACAUAUGGUCCUCUGUCUGAAGUGAAUUUACCUGUGGAUAAAGUGACUAGAAAGCCAAAAGGAUUUGGCACGGUGACGUUUCUGAUGCCUGAGCAUGCUGUGAGAGCUUAUAAUGAAUUGGAUGGUUCAGUAUUGGACGGUAGAAUGUUACACAUUCUUCCCGGAAAGGCAAAAGCCUCCUUGGAAGAUAUUGAUAUGGAAAAUUUGACUUAUAAACAAAAGAAGGAGCUGCAGGAUAAGAUAGCCGCAGGUUCGUCACACAAUUGGAACACAUUGUUUCUUGGACAGAACGCUGUAGCAGAUGCUAUCGCGAAUCGUUAUAACACGACGAAGGAGAAGUUAUUGGAAGACGGAUCGAGUGGAAUGAGCGCGGCGGUGAAAUUGGCACUGGGAGAAACGCAACUGACUCAAGAUACGAGGUCCUUUUUGGAAGAAAACGGUGUAUGUUUGGACGCUUUUAAUCAAGCACCGAAGAAGAGAUCAGAUACUGUAAUUUUAGUAAAAAAUUUACCGACUGAGACGAAAUUGAGUGAAAUUCGAGAAAUGUUUGCCAAGCACGGAGAACUCGCGCGUGUCGUAAUGCCGCCGGCAGGCAUAACAGCAUUGAUCGAAUUUCUGGAGCCAUCUGAAGCGCGCAAGGCUUUUUUCUCAUUAGCUUAUAAGAAGUACAAACAUUUACCAUUAUACUUGGAAUGGGCGCCGGAUAACAGUUUUACGACGCCUGCACCCAAGAAUACGAUUAAAAAUAAGAAGACCGGAAAAGUAUCAGUAAACUCGGAAGAAGUCAAAGAUGAAGUAAAAACAAAAGACUCUAAAGAAAAGAAGAUUAAUAUGCACAAAGAGAGAGAUGACGAGCCGCCUGAACCAGAUACUGUACUUUUUGUAAAAAAUAUCAAUUUUGCAACGACGGAAGAACAGUUGAAAGAUUAUUUCGGCAAAUGCGGUGCUGUUCAUUACAUCACGAUAGUUACUAAAAAAGAUCCGGAAAAUCCGGCUAAAAAGCUAUCUAUGGGAUAUGGAUUUGUGAGAUACAAGAGGAAACACGAUGCGGAUCGCGCAUUGAAGACGCUGCAGAUGUCAGUGCUAGAUGGGAAGAGUUUGGAAUUGAAGCGAUCUGAGAGAACAUUAAUGUCCGAUGUUAAAACAACGCGGAAGAAGUCUAAAUCUACCGAACAAACUGGCACGAAGAUCCUGGUACGAAACGUACCCUUCCAAGCAACUGUCCAAGAAAUAACGGAAUUAUUUAAAUCGUAUGGUGAAUUGAAGGCUGUACGAUUGCCGAAAAAGUUGGUCGGCGUCGAGAAGCACAGAGGAUUCGCCUUCAUCGAAUAUUAUACGAAGACAGAUGCAAAGAAAGCGUUCAAAGCAUUAUGUCAAAGUACUCAUUUGUACGGUCGAAGAUUAGUGCUUGAAUGGGCGCAAGCGGAAGAAGGAAUUGAGGAAAUUAGAAAACGCACUGCGCAACAUUUCUUCAAAGAUAGCUCAGGGAAAAGAUUUAAGAAAUCCACGUUGGAUCCUGAGAGUGUUGGUCUCGAUCUCAAGUCCGCUUGAGCUAAAUUUAAGAGAAAUUGUAAAACGGAAAUCAACUCUUUCACAAUUUAAUAUUUUUGGCAUGGCGCAUUAGAUGAUUUAAAAAUACUUGUGGAUAAACGCGCACGAAUGUCGGGUACAUGAUUGGAUCAUCACUUCGUGCACAUGUCGAUUUUCAUUUCUUUUCACAUUGGCAGGAAUUUAAAGUAGUCGGUUGGAACUCAAAAGAAUUUUUAUCGCGCGACAUUGACCUUCCAGUCACGUUGAAACGUGACUUUUUCUUUUCGAAGAAACAAUUCCGAUUUCUAAUGAUCGAUGUAAUGCAAUAUUUGUACAUUAUCUCCUUUACAUUGCGAAUUAACUGUCAAAUAUAAUAAUUUUUUCAAUUUUAUCUAAAUAAUCAAUUUCAUAAAAUAUAUAUAGUAAAACAGUUGUCUAUCGAUCAAUAACUAAACACAGUAACUGUAAAUAAUAGUCUAUGACUUAUGUAAAUUAUGUAUGCGCGACGUAUAGUGCGCAAUAUAUAUGUAUAUAUAUUCCUAUCGCCAGAUGUAAACUAUCUUCAAAACAUCUUGAAACAAGUUUUGAACGUUUCAGGAACGAUUUCUCUAAUUUUCUUAAUAAAUCAACCAUUAUCAUGAGAAA